AUCAUGAAUGUAUUAUACCGUCAAGUCAGGAAAAGCGUAAAUUCGACAAAAAUUUCGCUUUUUACACUAUUCUAUUAUACUAACGUUUUCCCUCAUUAAUCCUUUCUCUUUUUUUUCCGAUUAACAUAAAAAUACUGUUUUUAUGGCUGCAGUUCUUUAACUUGACAAUGCGUUGCGUAUGUUAGUGUCUUUACACGAAGUAUAGGCAUUUUGUUAAUUUGUAUUGCUGGCUCUAAAGUCAACAUUAAUUCCCUUACAAAUAGUUUGUAUGAAACUUGCGUAUAUUUUUUAUGAAAAUGUUACUUCGAGAGAUGGUUUUGCGUUUUAUAUUGCUUUUAUUAAGUUGCAGUAUUACUAUGAGUAGCAUGGAAAGUGGGUUUACAUUUUUACUUGCUCCAAGACAACGCGAGUGUUUUUUUGAAACUCUUUCUGUUAAUAUGUCAUUAGACUUGGAAUAUCAGGUAAUAGAAGGUGGAGAUCUUGAUAUCGACUUUGAAGCAUAUGAUCCAGAUGGAAAACGUAUAUUUAAUGAUGAGAAAUCAACAGAUGAAUCACACGAGCUUACUGUUACACAGUCUGGAGUUUAUAGCUUCUGCAUAGACAAUAGUUUCAGUAGCAUAACACGUAAAUUGGUAUACCUAGAUCUUGGUAUAUCAAGAGAUGAUAUUGAUGUUGGAAAUAAUAAUGAGAAUGAAGGGGGCAAACAUAUUGAAACUGUCUUUAAUAUAUAUGGCAAUAUUGAAGGCAUAAGAGGUAAAUUAGAGAAGGCUAAUUCAUAUCAAGGUGCACUACGAGCAAAUGAAGCAAGACAACGGUACUUUUUGGAGGCAAACUACUCAAGAGUUCUAUGGGUUUCAUCAGUGGCAAGUAUUAUAAUGAUAGGAGUUGGAUUAGUACAGGUAUAUUUUGUUCGAAGUCUUUUUGAUCAAAGACACAAAAGUAGAAUAUAGUUUUUAUAAGUCUGUUUACAUAAAACUGAGUCAAUUGUGAUGAAAUUAUGCACAAGAUUAUUAUUUUGUGCAUCACAAAAAUAAAGAUAUUUUAUGGUAA